AUGAGUUCAGCCUCUAUAGAAGAUGACACGAAGCCAAAGCUUGAGUUGGACGGCCUGGCUUCACAGUGGGAAGGUUUUUCUGCGAUACGGGAGCAUCUGCGAGAGGAGGACGCAGUGCUGAUCCCCAAAAGUAUCACGGAAAAUGUGAAGUGUGUGAAGCAUACACACAUCUUCUGUUUGCUGAAGCCUCUCAUAGAGAGAAUGGGAAAAACCAAUGGCAUGCCUCAACCAGGCAUUGAUCGGCUCAAGGAAGAGAUCACACAUUUGUAUGAAACAUGUAGCACAAUGCCAGACGAGUUGGUGGUUGUCAAUGAUGCUUGGAUGAUUCGAAAGCUCCUCUCCUUUGUCAAAAUGAAGGUGCGAACCAAGAAAGCAUUGCUGGAAUCCAAGAAGAAAGAUGAUCCUGAUGCCUAUGACCCUGUGGAAGCCGACGUCAGCAGUAGUGAGGAAUCUGGGGACGAUGAUGACAUGCAGGGCCAAGACAUUCCAGACCAACAGCCUAUGGCACCGAGUUCACCGCCUCCCCAUCCAUUUAUACCUUUUCCCGAUUCACAGCCAAUUUUUGAGCGUGAGCAUGACCAGCCAAUUCCACCAGAGGAACCCACUCCGGCCAUGCCCAUCCAUCCAGCUGCAGAGACGGCCCCCGGUCCUUCAUCGGGCGUUCUACGGAGCUACAAGCUGGACGUGCUCCACUUGCACACGCAGAUCGAGAACUUCAAGCAACGCUCGCAAAAUUGGAGGUUGCGAGAGAAGAAGUCCCGGAUCUCCGCCUCCAUGGCAAAAAUGAAAUCCGAAAGAGCACAUCGGGCGUUGCCAACCCCUGUCCGUGGGAAUGCGGACAACUUGGACACGCAGCCCAUUGACAUCAUGAAGGAGUCUGCAGUGCCCGGUGAUGUAGUUCUUCUUCGGAGUGACCAGUUGGCUCACAAGUCAACCGUCAAAUCAUCCAAGAAGAGGACCAAGGAGGCCGCCGGAAAGCGGAAAGGUAAGAAAUCCAAGAAGGCCGCCGGAAAGCGGAAAGGUAAGAAAUCCAAGAAGACCAAGAAAUCACCCAAGAAGAAAGUCCAUCGUGCGAGAAGGGUUCUGCACAAUGCUGCUGCGGCUGCCUCAUCUUCCCAUAUAGGCCCUGAAGUGGCUGAAGUGGGGGGACCAAAGCCACGGCGCAAACGAAAGACUGAACCCUUGGCUGACAGCCAUCCUGAAGCAUCAGGCCGCAAGCGGCCGAAACAACCUGCCAAGAAGGAACCUCAAGAAGAGGUUUCAUCAUUGGCUGGAGCUGCUUCUUCGAGUGCUGCUGGGAAAAGGACUGCAGCCAAGGCUUCUGCAAGGAAGCCAAAGGUUGCUGUUGAGGGCAAGGUGAAAGAAGGGAAGACAAAGGCGGCUGCAAAGCCGAAACCAAAGGCGAAAUCCAGGGCAAAGAAGGGCAGUGCCGACUCCUCGGCCAUCCCAGCCGAGCCGGCUGACAUAAAGCUGGCCCAAUCGCUGGUUGACUUUGCUUUGCAGUUUGAUGAGAAGGACUCCCCAAAAAGCGAGCCCUACAAGCUAAAGAUCAAAGGGGACCUUACUGGGUUGAAGGCGCACACCCUCAACUGCUAUUGGAGCAAAUGUGGAUGUGGAUUGAAAAUCAUCGCAGAGGGCAAGGAUGGACAUCAUUGCUCUUUCAAUAACGUUUGUUCCCCUGAGUCGUGGAAAAUGGCAAUCUGUGCAAAGAUUGCCUACAUGACUGCUUUGAACUUGGAAGGCCGCAGCCCCCACAGCGAGGAAACGCUCAAGCACUGCGGGCGCAUGGCCUUUGAGAUGUUGCGCCAGAGGGCAGCCAGCAAGAACGUGGAUUGA